AUGCGCAGCAAGAGCAUGGACAACUUCUUCCAGCGCACCAGCAACGGCGAAGUCCGCCUACCCUCAGGGAUCAUCCACGAGCCUCCGCCACCCCCCUCUCCUCCCCCUUCGGGGAGACGCCCCUGACCUGCGAGCGCCUACCCUCCCUCUCCCCGUCGCUCAGCCCCAAGCCCUCGCUUUUGUCCAACUCGCCCUCCCACAGUCCCUCCCUCUUCCUGACCUCAAAGCUCAGCUCCAGGACCAGCUCCAGUCCCAGCCGGUGAAGACCCACUGCUUCCAGAAGCACAUCUUCCGCCGGCCCACCUGCUACCAGCAAUGCAAACACGUGAUCCAGGGAAACUCCAAGCAGGGUCUGCGCUGUAAAGCUUGUAAGCUGGGCGCCCACCUCUGGUGCUCCUCUGAGCUAUCCCAAAAGCCCUGUACAGGAAAGACUGGGGCCUUUAAACAAAACUUCAGCUCCCCUCUCCUGACUAACGAUAUGUUAGGGGUGGUCAAGGAGGCUCUGCCAUCGCAAGAAUCUGGUAAAGUAAAGGGGGAAUUGACCCUGUGUAUGAGGCCCUGCGUUACAGGAUGUCACUGGAACAGAUGAGACACUCUAGCUUCGGAAGCAUCACUGAGUCCCCCAUUCAUGAGGUGGAGAGAGUGGAGGAGGGACUGGAAACGCAACCAAUCGCUGAGGAGGAGUUUGUCCCAGAGACUGAGACUCUCACGCCUCCUGAAAGCAAGAAGGCCGAUUCGGAGGAAGACUCCAAAGAGCAUCGACGUCCACUCCGUACACACCUAUGUGGCUCUGUACAAGUUCAUCCCACAGGAGAAGAGUGAUCUGGAAUUACAACCUGGCGAUAGAGUGCAAGUAACUGAUGACUCCAAUGAGGACUGGUGGAAGGGAAAAAGCAAAGACAAGCUGGGUUUCUUCCCUGACAACUUUGUACAGAGAUUGCGCCCAGGUGAGUGAGUGUGGAAGGUCACGGGUGGUUUCCAUGGUGACCGUGACAGAGGUCAAAUGACUGUGAAAGAGUCCCAGAUCUGUGUGGGGAAGAACGAAGAGCUGGACGGUUUCCUAAAGCUGAGCAGUGGGAAGAAGAGAGGUCUAGUCCCUACCAAGCAUCUUCUGGAGAUAUGA